UAUUUCAACUUGCCCACACCAUCCAGAUUCCAGAUUCCAGAGAAAUUCACAGCACACCUUUCGUCAGAAAUUUCCCUCCGCACUGGAGACAGCCUAGGGAUCUCCUGCCUCUUAGAAUCUUCAGGGAACCCCAUUUCCACUUGCCUCUUCGAGUUUCUAGGGAACUCCGUUCUGCUGCUGCUAAUUUUGCUGCUGGAGCUUUUUCGAGCGACGGCAGAUUCUGGGUGCAACUUGGCCGGCAGAUUCUAAAGCUGGGGCAGCUGUUGCGUUCCUCUGCUCUCUCGUCGUGCUUGAGAUUGUUCGGACGAACAUAGUGCUCGCUUGUCCAUUCCUGGCAAUUUUCUCGUGCCACGUCUGACAGAUACUGCUGAAAUGGCCGCGAUGCUGGGUUCCACCCUGUGCUGCAGCAAACAAGCCGUGAGGGUUUUCCCGAGCUUGAAGCCCGCGUUAUCUGGAAAUUCCGUACAAGCUCUUCCCUCUCGUUACAGUCACAAACCUCGCCAGCUGUCAAGCUGCACCAAUCGCAGCCGGCGGCGGGUGGUUCUGGUGGAGGCAUCAUCCCCCAAUCCGUCCCAGAUCUCGUUUGCAACAGCCGUGGAGAGCCAGCCGACCCUCUUCCAGGCGAUCGACUUCAAGAAGCUCCAGAACGGAAG